CGACUACUCUUACCAGCCAUUUACUCAAAAUUUUGUUUUGGUCUUCGAUCGGCACACGGACCAUGUAUGUGAUGUUUGCCGCUCAUCGACGGAUAUUUUACCAUUUCUCACUGGCUCCUAGCAACAGACUUAGCGAAGCACACCUGGAUUAAGCCCCUGUGUAUUUUUAGAUCGGUCAAGUUGAAUAUGGAUGAGUCUGGCCUCAUCUAUGGAACUAAUUGCCUUGAAAAUGAUAUUCAACCACAGAAAGAACAACUUCUUUUCCAAUAUGACCCUGCAGACGUGCCUUCUGAAAUGGCAGGUGUCAUGUCCUCCAUUAAGAAUCUUGCAGAGAAGAUGUUAUUUCAUUGGCGAGAAUUCCCAAUUGUUCUUCCUGCCUCUAUCACAGACAAUGAUGCAGAACAAACAAAUGCUGCCAAUGGAGACGCUAACAAGGAACAGCCUGAAAAAGUCACAUUUCGAGAUGUUUUCAUUGCACCUACCUUUGAUGAAUUGGAAGAGGUAGCACGACUUCCUAACGGGGUGCAGAAAAAACUAAAUGAAAAACAGCUUUACUGUAUUUGGGAUAAUGGGGAAUUUGAAGUAGAUAGUAUUCAUUUUCCUGGCCAAACACAUAAAUGGCAUCUUAGUCAACUGCUGCAGAAAGGUUCAAAACGAUCCCAUGAAACACUUCUUGAUGACACAGCGUUAGCAUUAAGAAUUCUGCUGAUUACAGCUCGGAACCGAUUCCAUUCACAUUUCUUCAGUUUAUCGGAAGGGAUAAAAAGCUGGGCUCGAGGUUUAUGGAAAAUAUUUGAUAUCAUUAUUGGCAUGCCUUCAACGACCCCUGGUGAUUUAUGUGGAAAACUUAGGGAAGAGCAUAUGCGGUACUUAGUUGCUGAACUUGAUAUUAGGCAACACAGCCGUAAAGAAUUUAAUCGUUUUUGUGAAUACGUCAAAGAAAAAUGCAAGAUGUUAAGAACAGAGAAGCACAAGACUGCUGACCUCAGACCACCACCUAUACCUUAUUAUUAUCAAACUCCACAAGGUCUGCAUAUAGACCUAAGGCUCUUUAACAAAGAUUUAAUUAAUAACUGCUUACCAAUUUUGAGUAAUAUAGUUGAUAAAGAAUCAAAAAGUUGGCAUAUUCAGUACCGUCAAAAAUUAGUUCGUGAACUCAAAGCUAAAGGAUUGUCCGAUAAACAGAUUAAUGAGGAAGUCAAUAUCGCUGUAAUGGCAGAAUACCUGCAGCGAGUUUAUCGAGCCGUGUUGAAUAAUGUAGAAUUAGAGAACUUACAACAUGGAAUAGGACAACUUUUAGUUGCUCAGGCCCAGUCAGUACUUGCCAUGCAGAAGGCAGUACAGAAAAUCCAACAAAAGAUGGUUGAACACAAAGAUAAGUUAAUGGAACAUUUAAAAGUUAAAUACCCAGUGAAAUCUCGAAUCCCAGCCUGGAAAAAUGAGCAAUUGGAGCGUUUUGAAGAAGAAUUCAUUAAUCAAAAUCUAUGGUCAGCCCAUGAUAUUGCGGUAAGUCUUUGUGAGGAACAAGAUCUGAAACAAGCAGUUUACUUUCUGCGAAGGGACCUCAACUUUAUCAAGGAGAGAGAACCAAUUCUACGCAAGGAACUUGGCAAGGUUAAAGUACCAACAAGGGUUUUCACAUUUGCAACCAAGAUUUGGUUCCCUCAACACUGGCUUGUUGUAAGACAGUUCAGAGGAGAUACAGAAGUCGUGCCAACUAUCAUUAUGAACAGGGUGCUUUCAACUGGACCAGCUGGCAAAAAAGAGAUUGAUACAUACACAGUUGACAAAUAUAUGCGCCGGAAGACCAGCACUCGCUAUCCUAUGUGGAGGUGGUGGAAUUAUGUACACAGGACAUGGGCCUGGAUGUGGAACUCUAUGUUUUUUUUCUUGGUUGUAAUCCCUUUAUUUAGUCCCAUUAGUUUUCGAGCUUUGUUUUGUGUUCAUCCAUUCAAGCCAGACUUGGAACUCAGUCAAGUUGAUGGUGUUUUAUAUCCAAAAGAAUCUUAUGUUGUACAUACACUGAUAUCCCGUUUACGACUGCUGUGGCAAAAUGUGCAUAAAUCAAGAGCAGAUUUCGAGGCGGCUCCUCAUGCAGGCUUCUUGGGAAAAAGUUUUACCCGUCAUUUAAAUCGUUUCUGGAACUUUGUAUUGAAAGGCGGUUUUGGGAGUUUCUUAUUAGUCUUAGUGUUCCCUUUGCUAUGCAUAGUUACAUCAGGACUCUCGGUCUUUAUGGCACUUACAGCACCAGUUUGGAUGCCUGUUGUAACACUAUUGGCUCACAUAGGAUUUUUCCUGGUCUACGAUAUUGAUUGCCCUGAGCUGUCUGGUAACAAAAUUCUUGUUCUGAUGGAAGCCAUUCUGUGGCACAUUGUCCUGCAGGGUUGCAUUCAGCCUGUAACGGCACUUCUAUUUGGUGUCAUAAUCUGUCCCUUGGCAGCAUUUUUUUGUCUUCUUUUCGGCACACUGCGUCGGGCUUUUCGUGGUUUAUGGGACAGUGUUAUGUUUCAUACAGUGAUAAAAAGUCGUGGAAGGAUACCAGCCAGUGAUGGUUUCAUUGCUCGGAGAGUUGCUGGACCUGGGCUUGCAUCCAAUUAUUUUUUUCAAAUUAAACCUGAACAGUCUUUGGCUGCCAUUGAAGCCAAACUGGAGUUUGAUGAGCUAGAAGCUUGGAAAAAUAAUGUUUUGAAAGUCAUAGAAUAUCCUGAAGAAGAAUACAGAAAAUUUGUCAAACAGUGUUUCAAGCCAUUCUCCGCAGAUAUAUGUGAUGAUGGAGUCUACAAGAAAUUGUGUUCAGAAACAACUCAAUACAAAACUGAUUUAACGAAUAAAGUAGAGCUGAGGAAGAGACGGUUGAGUACUGGGCUGUAUCCCGAUCUGCAGAGACGCAUCAAGCUUCCAGAAGCUUCUCUAAAAAAAGCCAUUAUCCAAGCUGCAACAAUGUUAAAAGAAUUCUAUCCAUACCAUGUACUUCGACGUUUGCCAAUAUCUGAGCAAGAAUUCUGGGAAAAACAACAGCUGGAGGUAAAUGAUUGGAAAGGUUUAGCUUGCAAGAAACUCACAGAAAUUUUUUCAAAAAAUUUCCUGGUUCCAUUAGAAGAAACUGAUAACCAUUUUGAACUAAAGGUGGAACACCUCAACUUUGAACGAUAUACAGACAUGCUUAAAUACGCUGAGUUUCAUGAUGACUUGGAUGAAAUCACCCAAAUGCACAUUCCUGCUGCUGAUGUGAGUAUACGGCCUCCCUUUUUGGAUUGCGGAAUCUUUAACCCCAAUCAACAUUUAAUUCCAACAGCCCGGUGGGAUACUCCCAGAGAAAAGAUGUGCCCUUGGAAAAAAGACCAUAUGCCUCAUGUGUUUGAUAAACUACAAAUACCUCUUCCAAUUCCACAUCCGGCAAGCAUUGCUUUAGCUAUCUAUAACAGGGAAAAUGAUCAAUAUCCAAUUAACUUUGAGGAUCUCUAUUGUCAGAGAAUUAUCAAAGCUACUAAAGAAGUCCCCUAUGUUGAUGUUGGGCACCUAUCGUCUCCAGAACUUUUUGAGCUUGAACCCAGCACACCAGAUAUCGGCACGUUUGGGGAGCCAAUCAACUUACUAUCCCACCUAGCCCAACAAGAAGCUUCUUACUUUUCCGAUGAUAAUGUAGGGGGUGUUACUGGAACCAGCAGUCCUGCUCUAGAUAGUAAUAUGACCAAUUCAGUACAAAACAGUUCUGUUGAUGAACCAGACAAAGAUGAUGCUGUUGAAGGUCACAUUGUCUAUGAAGAGAAUGAGAGAGACAGUAGCUGUAUUAUUGAAUUAAGGGAAAUUGCAAAUGGAUGAAAUUUCAUCAUUUUAGUGCUUCUUUAUAUAUUUACGUAACAUUAUGGUCAACUGAUUGUUUUAUUGCGCGUGUGUGUGUAAUUAUGUAUACAAAAAUCUAUUAAAAAAUGGUAUUCACCAGGAUGGAUGAACUAAAAUCAUUCGCUGUCUCAAAUUGUCAGAUAUAUGAAGUCUACUGGUUUCUUAAAAAUAUCACCAGCAUUUCUUUAUCUUAUUUUCAACAUUGUCUGUAUAUUUGCUCAGGUCUCUCUUAUGUGUUUGACUCUGGUUCAGCUGUAUGUCUUACAUAAAUGUUAUGAUAUAUUUUACCCAUUUAACGAACAACAUUGUUCUUGUAUAGUACUUAUGUAAGAAAAAGAAAAGGAAAAAGAAUGCAGGAAUCUCAUGCCCGUUCAUCAUUAUAUGAGAUACUUUUUUUUUUUUUAAAUGUCUAUUUGAAACCUGUAUCAUAUCAGGUUAUCUUUUAAACUACAAAACUUGCUUACCUGAACUGGUAAAAUUAGUAUCAUUUGAGGACUACUGUGGUUUUUGUUUGUUUUUGUUUUUUUGUUGUUUUUGGGUUUUUUUUUCUGUUUCAAAAUGUUUCACGUUUCCCAAAAUGUUAGAAAAGUUACAUUAGUAUUUCACACCUAGUUCUGUUGUUUGUCUCUGUGUUGGUUUCCCUGACCCAUUAUAAUUGAGAUGAUAUCAAAUUU